AGUCAGGGCUUGAGAGCAUGCAUGCAGAGUGUUGUAUGCUCUCCAUGUUGCAUUCGCGUGUAUGCCAGCAGAGAGUAGCGGAUGUUACUUUGGCAAGCUCUCAAGUUCUGCCUCUUGUCAGAUCAGGGGAAUUCAGUUCUAGGUAGUGUGAAGUUGUUCAGCAUCAGCCAGGACGUGCCAAGGGUUUCAGAGAGGAUUUCUUUGAGGAUCAGGUAAUUGGGAUCGACACCUUGGGCUGACCCGAACCUUACAGUUAGAGAAAGAUGCCAAUGAUAACUGAGAUGGGGAGAACAGACCAAUGGUGAGCUGAUGACGUACCUACCAAGUGUAAAGUCCUCAGAUUUUUAUUCCAAGGUAACUGCUUGGAAGCACAGUGGAAGCCCCCAUGGGACACAGGGGACCUACCAACCUCAAGCAGUUCCACUGCUGCCCUUUAUACUCUGCCCCAGGAUGAGGGUGCUCCUUCGAUUACAAACAUACACAGCGGCGAUUGCUCUAUCAAGCCUGAUCUCAGUCACACUCCUCCUUUACACCGUUAGCAGUGGGGGAAUCAGAGCAACUGUCCAGGGAGGAUCAUUUUUUUCAAACUACCAUCGGAUCAACCAUCUGGAACAUGCAGUAGAGACACUGAAGAGCAAGCUCUCAGAGGCAGAAGCCUAUGAGAAGGAACUCCUGGGGAAGAUUGAGGACCUGCAGGAGCAGGCCAACUCUGAACAUGCCAGCACCAUUCAGGUUCGGGGGUAUGAAGAAAGAAGUGGGUGGGAAGGGGUUGGAGAUUCACCUGGUAAUGUCCAUGGUAAUAAUGGCAACCAGAUCCAGCAGCAAAUUUACAGCUGCAAGCACACGGACAUCAUCAAAGUUGGUAAGACAAUUGGACAGGGCCACACCAAGGUUGUCCAGGAAGGGACAUUGCUUGGCCGGAAGGUUGCGAUCAAGAGCGCCGGGAUGCAGGUUAAAAGCGUGAAGGAUUGUCUUGAAAGGGGUAUCUACCACAAAAGGGAGGACUGUCUCCUUCUAGCUAUGUAUAAAGUACUGAAAGAAGCCAUGAUCCUUCGUCAGGUCAGGCACCCAAACAUAGUGAAGCUGAUAGGACUAUGUGCUCGUAGUGAAAUUGGGAGUCCAAACAUCAAGGAGAGGGGUAUCACUUUGGUCGUAGAGCUAGGGACACCUGUUCAUCUUCAUGAACUGGUUGAAGAAUCUUGGGCAAGGAGAGUCAAAUACUGCAUUGAGAUUGGCAGACUUCUGCAAUAUCUUGAGGAUUCCCCCAUGGGUAGUACAGCCAUUAGUGACUUCCGGGACGAACAGUUUGUGAUGGUGGAUGGCGUCCUCAAGUUGUCUGAUGUGGAUGAUCUGAGCAGCACAGAACCGGACUGUGAUCAAAAUAUGGAGUGCCUGGUCAAUGGAAAAUCAGCUGUCAAGUGCUCAUCAAACAUGAAGUGUGCUGGACUCAAUGCCCAUCUCAAUCUCCUCCAUGCCUAUGAGGUCUUCAUAGGUCCUCUUCUCAGCAGGGAUGUACCCCCCUCACUCCAGACUGCUACCAAAAAUCUCCUGAAGUCACUCAAGAAAGGAGAGCUGGAUGCGGAGGGACUGGUCUAUAGACUCAAGAACGUGCAGGCCAUCCCUUGAAGAUGGUGCAUCUAUUGAAGUAAGAAUGGCACACCCCAAGAGGAAAUAACACCUUAAUGUCUUAGCAUCGCUGAAAGAAACGACCAUUAGGACUACAUUCUAGUGG